AUGCAAGACACACUUUUCGUCAUCGAUGCAUCUAAUGCUAACUCUGAGGACAACUUUAAGAGUUUGCGAGAUUUUGCCAUUUCCUCUCAGCUACCAUACAGAUUCGCAGACGAUACCGCCCAGGUCGCGGCCAUGACAUUGGCGGACACACCCAAAGGCGGAUUUUCUUUCAACGCUCCAGAACAUAGCUUCGAUAAUGUUCAAAUGCUACUCUCCAACCUGACCUUCUUAAACAGGGCAGGUCAAAACUUAUCAAGCGCUAUGGAUCUAGCUAUAACGAACUAUAGCACUCCGAACCAAGGCUAUCGUCCAUCGGCUAGACAUAUACUUAUAUACGUCACUAGCACAAACCCCACUGACGAUGACCCGGCAAGCAGGAUUUACGCAAUUAGACGGCAGGGAACCUACCAAAUAGCAAUAGUAACUUUGGGGCUUACACCAUCGCAAAAGCUGCUCUCUACUGUGUCAAAAGACUGCAUGUAUCAAGCCAAGGACGUAGACGAUCUCAAGACGAAUGGAGCGAACUUUGUCCAUGGAUUGUCAUGCGCAGUUAUUCCUCAAUGUUGA